AUGUUGCCGUUUAAAUCUGGGCGGCUUUCCCUCCUGCUGCCUGCCGAAACCUCUGCUGCAGUGUGCCAACAUAAACUCAAAUCUAACCUGAAGAAGAAGUUUGAGUGUGUAUUUGAGGGGAUUGCUAAAGCAGGAAACCCAACACUUCUGAAUCAGAUCUACACAGAGUUGUACAUCACAGAGGGAGAGAGUGGAGAGCUUAAUGAUGAACAUGAGGUCAGAUGGAUUGAAACAGCAGCCAGGAAACCAGCCAGACCAGAAACACCAAUCAGAUGUGAAGACAUUUUUAAACCUUUACCUGGAAGAGAUCGACCAAUCAGGAUAGUGAUGACAAAGGGAGUGGCUGGCAUUGGGAAAACAGUCUUAACACAGAAGUUCACUCUGGACUGGGCUGAACACAAAGCCAACCAGCAUGUCCACUUCACAUUUCCCUUCACUUUCAGAGAGCUGAAUCUGCUGAGAGGGAAAAAGUUCAGCUUGGUGGAACUUCUUCAUCACUUCUUCCCUGAGACCAAAGAAGCAGGAAUCAGCAGUUUUGAGCAGUUCCAGGUUGUGUUGAUCUUUGACGGUCUGGAUGAGUGUCGACUUCCUCUGGACUUCAAGAACAACCAGAUCCUGACUGAUGUUACAGAGUCCACCUCAGUGGACGUUCUGCUGACAAACCUCAUCAAGGGGAACCUGCUUCCCUCUAUUCGCCUCUGGAUAACCACUCGACCCGCAGCGGCCAAUCAGAUCCCUCCUGAGUGUGUUGACAUGGUGACGGAGGUGAGAGGCUUCACUGACCCACAGAAGGAGGAAUACUUCAGGAAGAGAUUCAGAGAUGAGGAGCAGGCCAGCAGAAUCAUCUCCCACAUCAAAACGUCACGAAGCGUUCACAUCAUGUGCCUCAUCCCAGUCUUCUGCUGGAUCACUGCUACAGUUCUGGAGGACGUGUUGAAAACCAGCGAGGAAGGAGACCUGCCCAAGACCCUGACUGAGAUGUACAUUCACUUCCUGGUGGUUCAGUUUAAAGCGCAGAAUGUCAAGUAUCAUGGGAGAGCUGAGACAGAUCCACACUGGACUCCAGAGACCAGGGAGAUGAUCCUGUCUCUGGGAAAACUGGCUUUUGAGGAGCUGGAGAAAGGCAACCUGAUCUUCUAUGAAGCAGACCUGGCAGAGUGUGGCAUUGAUGUCACAGCAGCUUCGGUGUACUCAGGAGUGUUCACACAGAUCUUUAAAGAGGAGCGUGGGCUGUACCAGGACAAGGUUUUCUGCUUCGUCCAUCUGAGCCUUCAGGAGUUUCUGGCUGCUGUUCAUGUCUUUGUGACUUUCAUCAACUCUGGAGUCAAUCUGCUGACACACAAAUCAACCUCCAGGUUGUCUACAGUGUUAAACAAGAAAUCUGAACUAAAACUCCUCCUCCAGAGUGCUGUGGACAAGGCCUUGCAGAGUACAAAUGGACACCUGGACUUGUUCCUGCGCUUCCUCCUGGGUCUUUCACUGCCGACCAAUCCGGCUCUCCUACGAGGCCUGAUGACACAGACAGGAAGUAGCUCACAGACCAAUCAGAAAACAGUUGAGUUCAUCAAGAAGAAGAUCAGGGAGAAUGAGUCUCCAGAGAGAGCCAUCAACCUGUUCCACUGUCUGAAUGAGCUGAAUGACCAUUCUCUAGUAAAGGAGAUCCAAAAGUACCUGAGAUCAGGACGUCUCUCCAGAGAAAAACUGUCCCCUGCUCAGUGGUCAGCUCUGGGCUUCAUCUUACUGUCAUCAGAAGAAGAUCUGGACGUGUUUGACCUGAAGAAAUACUCUGCUUCAGAGGAGGUUCUUCUGAGGCUGCUGCCAGUGGUCAAAGCCUCCAAGAAAUCUGUGCUGAGUGGCUGUAAUCUGUCAGAGAGAAGCUGUGCAGCUCUGGCCUCAGUUCUCAGCUCCCAGUCCUCUAGUCUGAGAGAGCUGGACCUGAGUAACAACCAGCUGCAGGAUUCAGGAGUGAAGCGUCUCUCUGCUGGACUGGCGAGUCCACACUGCAGACUGGAGGCUCUCAGGCUGUCAGGCUGUCUGCUCACACAGGAAGGCUGUGCUUCUCUGGCCUCAGCUCUGAGCUCCAACCCCUCCCAUCUGAGAGAGCUGGACCUGAGCUACAAUCAUCCAGGAGACUCAGGAGUGAAGCUGCUCUCUGCUGGACUGGAGGAUCCAACCUGGAGACUGGAGGUUCUGUGGCUUCAGUGCUGUGGAAUCAGCCUGUGAGCAGCUUGUUAAAGCACAGCUAAUGUGAGAGAGGAUCACUGACUGCAGCAACAUCUUAGCAGCUUGAAUUGACAUGUAGUUCCUCAUGUGUCAAAAUAUCCAGGUAUUCAUUAGAGUUAACAACUUCUGUCUCACUUCCCUGCAGA